UCACCAUGUAAACAACGCUUUGGUUUUAUCUUACCUUUCGUUCAACCAUUCCCUGCACGAUUAUCGAGCAAUGGUCGCACACGCUUACACGGUCGGUGUACACAAACUGGCCGUGCGACUAGCUCAGAGCUCAAGCGGAGUAUGUUGGCCCGUGGCCCGCUUCGAACGCAUCCGAAACUCGUCCGCCGUCAAACAAACGUAUUGCAAGUUACAGAAGCUUCGAGACAAACACCGAGAGCUAGUAUAAAACGCAACCGAACACUAGCGAUAACAGACAACCGAGCAAUCGCCAUCAGCAUAGCUUCCUGAGUCCCUGCACAGCAACAAGCUCCGCAAGCCAUAACUCCUUUACAAUGGUCGAAUUGGUCAAGAACCUCAUUCCGGCCGAGUACGGCUACGUCCUCGGCGCCAUCGUCAGCACCUUAUUCGUCGGCGCCUGGCACGGCGGCCGUGUCAAUGGCUUCCGCAAUGCCGCGAAGAUCCCCUACCCCUUCGAAUACGCGUCCUACGAGCAAGUUCAGACUGCCUCGCCCGCAUCCAAGAAGGCCAUGUUGGCUUUCAACUCGGCCCAGCGUGCACACCAGAACUUCGGCGAGAACCACCCCACCGUUAUCGGCGCAUUGCUCAUUAGCGGACUGAGGUGGCCCGUUGCUACCGCUAUCCUUGGAGCCGUGUGGAGCGUCAACAGGGUCGUGUACGCUAUUGGGUACACGAACACUGGUGAGAAGAGUGGGAAGGGCAGGUACUAUGGUGCGUUGUGGAUGAUUGCGCACUAUGUGUUGAUCGUCAUGAGCGGUAUCUCGGCCUACAAAAUUGCUGUGGCUUAAGUGAUCCAAGCCGUGCUGGGAAUAAGGAAGGAGAAUGGCAUGCCUGGCACGCAGUCU